AUGCUCGUCAAGCCCCAGUUGUGGCUAGCCUUUGCUGCAGCUGCAGUUGCAGCCCCGUCUCAAGAUGCAUAUGACUAUAUUGUUGUUGGAGGCGGAACUGCGGGAGUAGCCGUUGCUGCUCGUCUUAGCGAAGGCCUCCCGUCUUCGAAGAUCCUGCUCAUCGAGGCGGGACCCGCAGCACUUGACGAGCCGAAGAUCAACGUCCCCGGUCUGAAGGGCACGACUCUCGGUACGAAAUACGAUUGGAACUUUACCACUGUUCCCCAAGCCGGUGCCAAUGAUAGAGUUUGGCCUGUCAACCGUGGCAAGGUCUUGGGUGGUAGCUCUGCCCUAAACCUUAUGACCUACGACCGUGCAGCCGCUGCCGAAUAUGAUAGCUGGGAAAGCUUGGGCAAUCCCGGAUGGAAUUGGAAGACCAUGAUCAAGGCUAUGACCAAGUCUGAGACAUUCACUGGCAAGAACACCGAUACAUAUGGCUCCAAGGGUGUCGGCGAUAGUGGGCCUGUCAAGGCCGUCAUCAACCGUGUUAUUCCCAAGCACCAGGAGUCAUGGAUCCCGACCCUGAACAAGCUCGGUGUUCGUAAGAACCUGGAGUCGCUUGGGGGUGAUCCUCUAGGAGUUAUGUACCAGCCAAGCAGCAUCGACCCUUCAAAUUACAACCGAUCCUACAGUGCCAAUGCCUACGCUGAGAUUUCUGGUUCCAACCUUGAGAUUGCGGCCGACACCACUGUGGCCAAGAUCAACCUCAACACCAAGGACAAGAAGAAGGCUGUCGCUACCGGUGUCACCCUUACCGACGGUACCAUCAUCAAGGCCAGCCGCGAGGUCAUCAUCUCUGCCGGCUCUAUCCAAAGCCCCGGCCUGCUCGAAGUGUCGGGUAUUGGAAGCAAGUCUGUCCUUGCUGACGCUGGUAUCAAGCAGGUCAUCGACCUUCCCGGCGUCGGUGAGAACCUUCAAGAUCACCUCCGAAUCAUGUCCUCAUACCAGCUCAAGCCCGAGUUCACCUCUAUCGACAUCUUCAAGAGCAACGCCACCUUUGCUGCUGAGCAGAUGGCCCUUUGGAACGCCGGCAAGGAGUCUCUCUACGACUACACUGGCAGUGCUUACACCUUCUCUAACUGGAAGCAGGCUCUUGGUAGCGACACCAAGAUGAUGUCGCUUGCUAAGGAGGCUGUUGGUAAGGACGGUAGUAAGGUUGAUAAGAAGAAGCUGGAGCUUCUCAAGGAUCCCUCUGUCCCUCAAGUUGAGGUCAUCUUCUCGGAUGGUUACACUGGUGUCAAGGGUUACCCCGCUUCUACCUCUCCUCUAUUCGGAAAGGGCUUCGUCUCGCUUAUCGCCGUCGUCAUGCACCCUCUCAGCCGUGGCAGCGUCCACAUCAACCCUUCUGACCCUUCUGGCAAGCCAAUCAUCAAUCCCAACUACCUCAGCAACGCCCACGACAUUGAGGCCGUUACUCAAGCCGUCAAGUACAACCGCAAGAUCGCCCUCACUGAGCCCAUGCGUUCCAUAUGGGAGAACGAGUAUGAGCCUGGUAUGGACGAUGUCAAGACUGAUGCGCAACUCAAGGAGUAUGCUCUUCGCACUACACUCAGCAUCUUCCACCCUAGUGGCACAUGUGCUAUGCUUCCCAAGCAGGACGGCGGUGUCGUCGACGCCAAGCUGAAGGUGUAUGGCACCGAGAACCUUCGCGUUGUUGAUGCUAGUAUUAUGCCGCUUCUGAUCUCAGCCCAUAUCCAGACAGCUGUUUACGGUAUUGCUGAGAAGGCUGCCGAGUUUAUCAUCGACGCUGCCAAAUAA